UGAGAGGAGGGACUUGGCCUGCGAAGGGGCGGGUCCGGGGACUUUGCUACGUGUCUCCAGCCUAUAACAGCGCCUGCAGCCGCCGGGUCUGAACUCACUUAGCUCUGCUCUAGCGCUGCCUCCUGCCUCUCUCAUCGUCCCAGCAUGUCCCAAACGGGCCACAUAUUGCGAUCCACGAAUGUGGUUUACCAGUCGCACCAUGUCACCAGGAGUAAAAGAGGGCAAGUCGUGGGCACCAGAGGGGGCUUUCGUGGCUGCACCGUGUGGCUGACAGGUCUCUCUGGUGCAGGUAAGACGACCCUAGGCUUUGCUUUGGAAGAGUACCUCGUCACUCAUGCCAUCCCCUGCUACUCUCUCGAUGGAGACAACAUUCGUCAUGGGCUGAACAAAAACCUGGGCUUCUCCUCAGCUGACCGAGAAGAAAAUAUCCGCCGUAUUGCUGAGGUUGCCAAGCUAUUUGCAGACGCUGGUCUGGUCUGUAUCACCAGCUUCAUCUCACCCUACACCAAGGAUCGUGAGGAAGCGAGGAAAGUUCACCAAUCUGCCGGCCUCCCAUUUUUUGAGAUCUUUGUUGAUGCCCCACUGGAUAUCUGUGAAAGUCGAGAUGUUAAGGGUUUGUACAAGAAGGCCAGAGCAGGAGAAAUUAAGGGAUUCACAGGAAUUGACUCUGGAUAUGAGAAGCCCGAGGCUCCUGAACUUGUGUUGAAAACUAACGUCCACUCUGUGAAUGAUUGUAUCCAGCAGAUUGUGGAGCUGUUGCAGGAACAGGCGAUUGUCCCGUCGGGAGCUACAAACGAAGUCCAUGAACUGUUUGUUCCAGAAAACAAGUUGGAUGAGGUGAAGCGGGAAGCUGAGACUUUGCCGUCAAUAGGGAUCAAUAAGGUUGACCUCGAGUGGGUGCAAGUUCUUAGCGAAGGCUGGGCCACUCCUCUCAAGGGCUUCAUGCGCGAGAGGGAAUAUCUACAGGUUCUUCACUUCGACAUUCUCUUAGAUGACCGGAACCAUAACUCAUACGGCAAGUUCAAUGGAGGAACCAUCAAUAUGAGUAUCCCCAUUGUGUUACCCGUCUCCACCGAGGACAAGGAGCGACUGGCCGAUGCUGAAUCGAUUGCGCUCAAAUAUCAGGGCAAGAAUGUGGCGAUUCUGCGCAACCCAGAAUUCUUUGAACACAGAAAGGAGGAGAGGUGCGCCCGAGUUUGGGGUACCACUUGUGCAAAGCACCCCCAUAUAAAGAUGAUACUGGAGAGUGGUGAUUGGCUUGUUGGUGGAGAACUAGAAGUCCUGGAGAGAAUCAGAUGGGGAGAUGGUUUGGAUCAGUACCGACUCACUCCUCUGGAAUUAAAGCAGAGAGCAAAGGACAUGAAUGCAGAUGUCGUAUUCUGUUUCCAGCUGCGCAAUCCGGUGCAUAAUGGCCAUGCGUUGCUGAUGCAGGACACACGGCGCCGCCUGCUGGCCAGAGGAUACAAGUGCCCCGUUCUCCUGCUUCAUCCCCUCGGGGGUUGGACUAAAGAUGACGAUGUGCCUUUAGACUGGCGCAUGAAGCAACACGAUGCUGUGCUGGAGGAGGGGGUCCUGGAUCCAAAGACCACCAUUGUGGCCAUCUUCCCAUCCCCAAUGCUCUAUGCCGGACCCACCGAGGUUCAGUGGCACUGCAGGGCCCGGAUGAUCGCGGGGUCCAACUUCUACAUUGUGGGGCGUGACCCGGCGGGGAUGCCCCACCCAGAAACCAAACAGGACCUCUAUGAAGUGACACACGGCGGAAAAGUGUUGGCCAUGGCCCCCGGCCUGACAUCUGUCGAGAUUAUUCCAUUCAGAGUCGCCGCGUACAAUAAAAAGAAUAAAGCCAUGGAGUUUUAUGACAAAGAAAGACACAACGAAUUUGACUUCAUCUCGGGCACUCGCAUGAGGAAACUGGCGCGGGAAGGACAAAACCCACCCGACGGUUUCAUGGCCCUCAAAGCCUGGAAAGUCCUGACAGAUUAUUACUGCUCCUUGGAGAAGAACUGUUGACUCUGGAGCCGCGGCCGGAGAGAGAUUGUAGCCUAGUUAUUUUAUAAUUAACCAUUAUUUUAUAUGCCAA